AUGGCAAGUGGGAAGCGCUUGAUCCUGCAGCUGUUGGUGGUGUGCUUGGCGGCGCCGGCGGUCAGGUCGGCCUGGCUCCAGGGCACCGCCACCUUCUACGGCGGAAGAGACGGCUCCGGCACAAUGGGUGGCGCUUGUGGUUACUCAAACCUGUACGACGAGGGGUACGGGCUCAGCAACGCGGCGCUGAGCACGGUGCUGUUCAACGACGGGGCCUCGUGCGGGCAGUGCUACCUCAUCAUGUGCGACCAGAGCAAGUCCAGAAUGUGCAAGACCGGAAAGGCCAUCACAGUCACCGCCACCAACUUAUGCCCCCCCAACUACAACCUGCCCAACGACAACGGUGGGUGGUGCAACCCUCCUCGCCCCCACUUCGACAUGUCCCAGCCGGCAUGGCUCAACAUCGGCAUCUACGAGGCCGGCAUCAUCCCCGUUGUCUACCAACAAGUGAAAUGCUGGAGAACAGGUGGGUUGCGAUUCACAAUAUUAGGGUUCAACUACUUCGAGCUGGUACUGGUGACAAACGUGGCCGGGAGCGGGUCGAUCAAGAGCAUCUCGGUAAAAGGUACCAAAACCGGGUGGACCCAGAUGUCAAGGAACUGGGGAGUCAUCUGGCAGGGCAUGUCAGGGCUGGCGGGACAGGCGCUCUCCUUCAGUAUCAGCUCCACCGGUGGACAGAACAUCGUCUUCCAGAACGUCAUCCCAGCGGGGUGGACCUUCGGCCAGACCUACUCCACCUGGCAGCAGUUCAACUACUAA